GAGCUAAAUGAAAGACAGGUGAACUUAAUUAGUGACUAACAGACUAAUAUGGUUAACUUGUAGCUCCACAUGAGUUCCUAUAAGAGCAACAGUUUGAUUGUAAAGGAACAUUCUCUCAACCCCAGUUCAGGAUUGCACAUGGAUUAAGUGUCGGAGGGUUUCUUUGGAUUUUCAACUAUACGGCUAUAAAGAUCAACAUGGAGAAAAUGGUCCUACAAAUCCCUCUGAUAUUGCUGGUGCUGCAUAUACAAGGAGGAGAGUUGACUAGAAGUCCAGUUUGUUCACCCAUUGCCGAAGCUCCACAGCCGGAAGUCGUGGAGUUCAACAACACGAUCUAUGCCACUUGUGAAGUAACUCCCAGCCCCAAUUUGCCACGUUCCCAGCCAAAGAUCUUUGGGCAAAUCCUCUUCAAGCAGGUCUUCCCCGAUGGAGUUUUAGAGGUGAAAGUCAACCUCCGUGGUUUCCCUGCCAAGGAUCGUCAAGAGCGUGCCAUUGACGUCCAUCGGUAUGGAGACCUCAGUCAAGGCAGCGUCACUGUUGGUCCUCCUUACAAUCCAAAUGGUGUUGACCGCCCAAGUCGUCCUGGAGACAUGGGCAACUUUGCUUCUGAGAAAGGAGUUAUAAGGCUGUCCCUGGAUCUCCCAGAGGCCAAGCUCUUCGGGGCUCAUUCCAUUCUGGGACGUUCGGUGGUGGUUCACGAGAAGGAGGGUCAUUUUGGAAUGGGGUCAGAUGAGGAGAGUCAACAGAGUGGGUGUUCUGGACCGAUAAUUGCUUAUGGUGUCAUUGGUAUUACUUCUCCAAGUCUGUGGGAGAAGACUGGACCGCUCCCCAGGAAAACCUGUGGAGGAGGUCACUGAGAGGCGGAUAUGGUGGAAAAGCAGAUUCAAAUGGGAUAAUCAUGAUUUUUUCCUUGUGUGUUUGCAUAUGUCCUACAUUAAAGUGAUUCUUAAUACUCUGAAA